CACACUCACACACCAUUACCACCACGUAAACAUUCUCUUUUAACACCACUUUCGACAAAACAAAAUAAAACAUGAAUUCACACCAUUACCAUAAUUCACUCACCACCAACACCGGUGAUCACCAUAUUCCGCCGCUACACAUGAUGCUUCAUACAACUAACAACCGGACAUCGUUGCUACUAGACCAUUAUGCAUAUGAUGAAACAUUAACAACUGAUUUGCAACAACUUGGUCAAUCCACAUCAUCGUCCACAUCAGCUUCUAUUAAUCACAAAGAGGCCGAAAAGCGCCGUAGAGAACGAAUUAAUUCUCAUCUUGAUCGCCUUCGAUCGCUCCUUCUUUGCAAUUCAAAAACGGAUAAAGCAUCUUUGCUUGCAAAAGUUGUUCAAAGGUUAAAGGAGCUAAAACAAACAACUUUAGAAAUCGAAGAUCAUGAAAGUAUACCAUUAGAGACCGAUGAAAUUAAAGUAGUACGUUUAAAUAGUGACCGAAAUAAUGGAAGGAUUCUAGUGAAGGUUUCAAUGUGUUGUGAAGAUCAACCGGAUCUUCUUGGAGCUAUGAUUCAAACCCUAAAAUCGAUGCAAAUGAGUCCUUUAAGGGUGGAAAUGGUUGCGAUAGGUGGGCGUAUAAGGAACAUUGUAUUGGGGGAAUAUGAUUGUCGAAGAUAUGAGUGUGGUGAGUUGGUUGAUUGCUUGAAGGAAGCUUUGAGUUGUUUGUUAAAAAGGAAUUUGGGAUCAAAUCAAUCAUCGAAACGUAGAAGGAUGAUGGUUUGCACAUGAAAACGGGGUUGAUCUUGUUCUUGCUCUUAUUCUAGUGUUAACUUCUGCUUAUUUGUAAGAUUCAAGUAAUCUCAAAAUUGGAGUAUGAGACUUGUGAAUGUUCCACCUCAUUGUGAUCAUCAAUGGCUUUCUUGAAAAGUUUGUAAUAUAAGUAGCAUAGCUAUUUUAAUUAUUCAAUGAGAAAGAUGUUUAUUA